AUGGAGCAAUUGAUGGACAUAGAACAACUGAAGAAGUUGAGUCCCGAACAGCAAGAACAAGUGAUUCUCGGGGUGAAACAACAGGCUGCCAUCGCGAAUGCACAGAAUUUGAUUACGGAGCUUUCCGAGAAGUGCACACAGAAAUGCAUCACCGCGCCCGGCUCAUCGCUUUCCGGAGGUGAUAAGCAAUGUCUUCAGAGAUGUAUGGAUCGCUUCAUGGACACGUGGAAUUUGGUAUCGACCACUCUGCAGAAACGACUUCAGGAAGAAAUGCAACGAGGCGGCGGAAUGUUGGGCGGAUCGUCGUUCUCA